AUGGAGAAUACGGCCUUCAAUCUUGUGUUUCUCCUCACAACAGACAACAGAGUUAUCGAGACCCUACUUGGUCUCGGCUUUGUCUUUGAUGCCGUCCAGAACCUCGGACCCGUUGAACUUGCGUUUGCGCUUGCAGCGACUCAUGCGGGCUGCUAUUCCUCGGUGCCAUCGAGUAGCCCUUGGAACAACCCAACGACCCAGAAUGUUUUCUACUACACGCUUUUGCCAUUCGAAAGUCUUGUGUUCUAUUGGAUCUGCGUCGCGUUGCCGGUCUGGUUCGUCGCCAAUGUGGUCAUUCUCUUGGCUCAGAUUCGGCAGCCAGCCGGAAUCUCGUCGCAAAAGAUCCUCACGGUGACUCGUUACCAGAUCGGCGGUCUCUCGACGCUGCUGUUCUUCCCCAUCAUGGAGCAUCUGCUGCGGCCCACCUCACUGAUCGUCGACUGGGCGUUCUACUCCUCAUCGUACUUUAUGAGCCCCGACAUUGCGGCUACUUUCAACGUCCUCAGUGCCUACAAUCUCUUUGUGCUGGUGCUCUCGAUUAUUUGUUUGAUUUUGUUCCUCGUUCCGCUGCUGGCGAUGACCGGCCUGGUGUUCUCGGCCGAAAGCAACCCUUCCAGGAGGCUGGGCGCUCGAAACGCCCCGCGGAUCGACUUUACCGAGCUGCUCUUGCGCACCAUGAUCUCGAUUGCCUUCUCGGUCCUCAAAGGCAGCUGGGCAGCUGUGGUGCUCUGGCUCGCCAACACGUCCAUCCUGCUGCUCACGCUCUACUACCCACCGUACUUCUCGCUCGUGAGCAACCAAGCCAAGGCGUUUGUCGUGGCCUUCCAGACAUUCGCCGCAACAGCUUCCCUCUUGGUGGCAUGGCAGGCCGCCGAAGUGUGGGGAGGUGGAAUCUACAUUGUCAUCGCGCUCCUUCCCGUCUUUGGUGCCAUAGGGGUAGCUCUGCUGCGAUACCGGCUCUACCACUUGCUGCCUCGCAAGCUCGAUAGGUUGAUGCCCCAUCUAGCCGACAUGAUGGAUGAGAAGCAGAUAUGCGCACACGAGCUCCGCAAGGUCGUCCGCUCGUACUGGACCCCAUGUGAGCUCGACCUUGCUCUGCGAACCCUCCUGGCACUCGUCUAUCGCAAGGUGGACGCAGACCUCUCUGAUUUGAGUCUCGAUCGGGACAUCGAGGCCGAUCUGGAUGGCAAACAAGCCAAGUUCGCUCCCUCUGCGGACAAGCCCUCGACUGGGAUACCACAAACCAAGGAGGCCCAGCUGCCAAAGUGUCCAGUGUAUGGCUCGGAGGAGUCUCGCCACUGGUUUUGGGCCUGGCUAAGGUGCCGCAACUGGAUUGCGUCCAUGUACCCCGGCUGGCAGGCCACCAGUGAUCCACAGCAGUGGAAAUCCAUGGCCUUUGCCUUGCUGAUGGCGGGCACCCGCAAGUUUGAAAAUAGCUCGUGGCUACAGACGAGGGUCGCGCUGUUCCUAACGUUCGAAGGUCAUGACGUGAGCAACUUUGUCAGGACCCCGCCAACUUACCAGGCCAAGGAGAUCGCCAAAGAGACCCUUUUGAUGCGACCCAAGAUUGACUCGCGAUACAGCCUUUACUUUUUGUUCAAAAAAUGUUCAUACGACUUUCCAACGCGCGAGGAAAUAACCGAGAUUUUCGAUCAAGCCGCUCUUAUAGAGGAGGAGGGCAUCACCGAUGUCGUUCAAGCUGUCCAGUACCGACACGACUUUACCGCAGCCAAGGAACAUGAGAAGGACGCAGUCAAGCAUGCUGUCUUGUUUUGGAAAAACGUCGCCCGCCAGAAUCGCAACUAUCUGCUGCUUCUCCAGAUCGCCGAUCGUGUCGAGAACCAUGAGACCCUGGCUCGAUCGUACUAUCUGAAACUCAUGGGUGCCUUCCCCCAGUCGUCCAAGAUCGUCCGAUCAUACGCCAAUUUUCUUCGAGUUGUCUCGAAUGACACUGAAAUGGCUCAGCGUGCCGACCAGCAGGCCGACUUUAUUGAAGCAUCGUCGUCAAAGAAACGCAACAAAUCCAAAAAGCUUGCGGGCUCGACCUCGGCUGCUGAAUUUGAGCUUGCAUCGACGGGCAGCGGCCGGACUAGUCAGUCAAGUUUGCCCCAGAUUGGAUUGCACGAGCGCCAGGACUUUGAUUUUCUCGGACAUGCGUUUGAUUCCAAGGCUCAAACCACCAGGAUUGAUCAGCUGGUGGCCAAAGUUCAGCGAGGACUCAAAAUCUCAAUUUUUACCUCCACCGCAACCAUGUUCAUCUGCAUUAUCGUUUUAUUCAGCGCCGGCCCUGCGUACUUGAUCGACAAUGUCCAGGCACAGCAGUCCAUGUUCCUGACGGGCAUGAAGAUCCGCAGCCUGUCGCAGUUUGCCGUCUACUAUGUCCGCGAGCUUGAGUGGGCUUACAGCCAUCCAAGCAGCGUCCCAGACACCGUUUCUGUGGCGAAACAGAACGUCGCUCUGGUUGCAUCGCAGAUUCAGGCUUCGUUCACGGCGUUCUACACCGACAAUUUGCUCACAUCGAGCACCGUGGUUGACGCCUGGAACGAUCCCUCGUACAGCAUCCAGAUCUAUGGUCACAGCAGCUCCGGAGCGAUCGAAAAUACCACCAUGUACUGGGACAUGGCGCAUAUUAUGCCCGAGUAUAUCUCGUGCUUGAUCGAUGUUAACACGACAGGCGUCCUGCCGCUCGAGAAUGAGACGUCGUGGAUUUUCGUCAUCGACAAUGGUGUGGGCAGCGGCUUCACGGGUAUACUCGAUACUGUUUCUGCCUACCAGGCUGCGCUCAUGAGCACCAAUGACUCCAUGCGAAUGAUCAUGUUUGCGGUAUUUGCAACCACAUGCGUGGUGCUUCCCUUGGGUCUGGCCCUGCUGCUCUACAUUCCGUCCUACAUCAAAGUACGCAACGACUUUUCCGAGUCGGUCGAGCUGUUUUUCGACAUCCCGGUCAGGCACGUUUCGGAGCUGCUGGAUCGGAUUGAUUCCAAGAAAUCGGACGUCGGUGCUGCCGAGGAGCAGACUACGCAGUCGCCGUCUCCGUUAAAAGUCGAGGGUGCCAAGUCGGGCGCAUCGAAAGACAAGCCAGCCCCGCUGGGGGAUCGGGUGCCCCAUGACUUGAACACUCCCAGUGAUCAUCCUCACAGCGCACCCAGCUCCGAGAAUGUGCUGACUCGCCAAACAAAGACAAAGGAAAUUGCCACGAACCGGGAUCGGGUCCGGGCCAGUUCCCCAAAACUGAGAAAGGUUACCAUCCUCUACGCGGUGUCGCUGACGCUGAUGCUCGUUUGCUCAACCUUUGCACUCUGCUGGCUGUGGGUUACCAACAACACCCUCGUAGAGCGGACGAUUGAGGUCGAGCAAGCCGGAGCCAGGCGUGCAUGGGUCUGGCGAAUCCUGGCGCUCUCACAGGAGCUCAUGCGCAAUGACACCACCCUUGCCCGGCCCGAGUGGUUCCGCAAUGAACUCCGAGCCGCCGCCGACACACUUUACUGGACCAAUGCUGGGUUCAAGUCCGGGAAUGUCACGCUGAACCCCGGCUUGCUUGGGGUCAAAGGCAGACUCAGUGCUCUGGAUCAAGUCGAGUAUCAGUUCCAGUGUCUGGGUCCCGCUGACCAAUGCGGAUCCUCCGACUAUCUGAUCGAAAAGAUGGUGUCGCUGGGCAAGUUGGUGGCCUCGGAGGCAUCUAGAUCCAACGGCGUCUCGGAAGACCUUCCGCAGUCGUACUUGAAUCUGAGAGAUGUGAUGGUCGGGCCAGGGGCGAUCCUCCUGGACAACCUCAAUCUGAGCGUCGAUAUCCUUGCAAACGACGCACUUCCUCUCAUCCAGGCUGUCCACACAAUCUGCAUCUGCAUUAUUGCCAUCUGUGCCUUCAUUUUCCUGAUGCUGGUCCUGUACCUGCUGCCAGUAUAUCUGCGCGAUCUCGAGAACAGCUCGAAACGGGCUAGGUUUUUGGAUCUCGAGGAGUCCGGCUACGACAGUCGAUCGAGACUCGAGAUCAGUAAGCCGGAACCCGAAGUGGACGCCAGCCUCAAGGGUAAAGGCCAAGGCGGCAUCGGUGUCAUACGCUCAGCGUCACUAGAGUCGCAUGAGACCAUCCACCACCACAUCCACGAAGAUGCCUCAGCUGCCCGGCCCCCCGACGAGAUAUGGGAAGGUGUAGAUCGGGUCGCUGUCAUAGGGGAGCCAAGCACCCCCAGACCCGAUAUCACAGCCGAGCACUCGCCGUUCGAGGAUACAGCACGGACACACAAGGUCCAGAAGACGCUGUCGUUCCGCCGCAUCAGCGAAACCAAGACCAGCCCCGUUGACCAAAUCAGCCCCCUCGAGGUCGAGAGCGGGUCAGAGUCUGACCAGUGA